AUGGCCAGCAUGUGCUACUACGCUCAUGCAACACGCAGACAUGUCGCUGGGCUCGCCGAUCACACCAAAGACCACGCGCGUGCCUCCCAAGAAAGUCUCGUUGAGAUAUUCAAGGAGGUCAAGUCGGGUAAGAUUAUCGAACACAUCGAAGUCGCUCGAGAGAUUGUACCCCUUCUCGCUCGCAAGGCACCCCUCAAUACGAUGACCAAUGCGGAACUCACGGAGAAUUUCAUUCUUGAAUACAAUGGCAUCUGUGGCGCUUUGGAUCUGCUCGAUAGACUUGCAAUUGAUAUCCAGGUUGACGAAGAACUCCUCGACUACCUCCAUCGAACGGUCUCCAACCUACACCACGAUCUAGCUAUUGCCGUUAUGUGGCACGACCUCCUGCCCUAUGUACACCUCUCGCUCAUGGGCCUUCGACAACUCCGCAAUCGCAUCACUGAUUCGGAGGGGUAUCACUCCUUGGUCGCUUUGCUCGGUAGCAUUGACGACAUUGAGCGAUGGCUCAGCCUCCCCCCUCAACGAUUUGAA